AAGGGAGGCGCUUCAGACAUUAAAGACUUUAGACCAAUUAGCCUAGUGGGUUGUAUUUACAAACUCCUGGCUAAGGUUGUUGCCCUUGAGUAGACUUAUGCGAAGGGCAGAGAAUCUUGGUUUUAUUAAAGGCUUUAGUGUGGGAAGAGAUCUAGUACAUUAGGUGGAGAUUUCUCAUCUUCUCUUUGCGGAUAACACCCUGGUUUUCUGUGAUGCUGAUGUGUUGCAACUUAGAUAUUUGAGGUGUAUCCUAGCAUGUUUUCAGAUGGUUUCUGGGUUGAAGGUCAACGUGGCUAAGAGUGUGCUUGUCCCGAUAGGGGAUGCUCAGGACAUUUCCUCUUUAGCUGCAGUCCUUGGGUGUAGGGUUCAUAGUUGUUAAAGGCGCCGAAGGCGCGCGCCUGAGGCGCCAGGCGCCACGCGCCACCUUGGUGCCUUGAAAGGCUUAGGGCGAGGGCCUUGUAAUAGGCGCGCGCUUUUGGGGCUUAGGCGCAGGGCUACAGGCGCGCUACUGGCGCGCCUGUUUGAAAAAGUUUUUUUUUUUGAUUUUUUUUUGAUUAUUUUGGUUGUAAGUCUUUGUGACUUGUGUGAGAGACAGUGAGUGACAGACCCACGUGAUAUAUUCAGAUAUGUUACAGUGUUUACUUUAAGCUUUUAUCACUUGUCAAAAAAAAAAAAAAAAAAAGAGCAAAAAGCAAAAAGCAAAAAGCAAAAGGGAAGAAGAGACAGAGAAGUACAAGCCGGAAGCUCGUCGGAUCUGCCGUUUGUGAAGCGUCGGUAAGUUCUCCACUUCUCCUUGCUUCUUCCUCUUCUCUUUUUUUUUUUUUUUACUUCUUCUUUUCUUCAGUUCUCUUCUCUCGGCUCUCCUCGACUCUAGAGUCUUGCUUUUUUUUUUUUUUUUUUUUUUUCUUUUUUCUUUGAGCCGAGUCUCGGCUCUUCUUUAUUUAUUUAUUUUUAAUUUUUUUUUUUCUUCUCGGCUCUUUUUUUUUUAUUUUUCUUUUUCUUUUUAUUUUUUAUUUUUUUCUUUUCUUCUCUCGGCUCUCAGCCUCUCUCUCUUUUCUUUUUUUUUUUUGUAUUCUUCUUCUUCUCUGCUCUUUUUUUUUUUUUUUUCUUUUUCCCUCUAUUCUUCUUCUCUUGGCUCUCAGCCUCUCUCUAAUUUUUUUUCUUUUUUUUUUUUUAAAAUAUUUUUUUUUCCUAUUCUUCUUCUUCUCGGCUCUCUCUAACCUUUUUUAAAAUUUUUUUUUUUCUUUCUAUUCUUCUUCUCGGCUCUCUCUGCUUCUGCUCUUCAGCCUCUUCUUUUAUUUUUGUUUUUUAUUUUUUUAUAAUCUGAGUUGUUGGAAUAAUUGUAGUUUACAACUUUAGAAUUCUGUGCUGGAAUAAAUUGUAGUUUACAACUUUACAAUUCUGUGCUGCUGGAAUAAAUUUUAGUUUACAACUUUACAAUUCUGUGCUGAAAUAAAUUGUAGUUUACAACUUUACAAUUCUGUGCUGUUGGAAUAAAUUGUAGUAUACAUAUCAGUUGGUAUAUGCCUAUAUGGAAUCAUGCAGUCCAUAUAUGCAUAUAUAUUACAUCUCAUAUAGUUGAUAAAUCUCAUAUAGAAUAAUAGAAUUUAUCAUGCAGUGUCCAUAUAUGCCUUUGAUUCUUUGAAGCUCUGUAAUUUUUUUUUUUUUGUCAGAGUUGUUGUAGACACUGAUUACAUGAUGCUAAUCAUGUUAUUAUUUUGUUAUCUUGAAUUUGAUUGUAGUUUGUACUUUAAAAUAUGCCUAGUGAUGGUUCAAGAAAGGAUCCGGCAUGGAAUUACUCACAUUUGGAGAAUCCGAAAGAUACAAAUGCCGUCACUUGUAACUUUUGUACAAAAGUUACAAAAGGAGGUAUUUAUCGGGCUAAGCAACACUUAGCUGGAGGGUAUAGAAAUGUGAGUGCAUGCACAAGAUGCCCAUCUAGUGUUAGAGAAGAAAUCAAAGAGUACAUGAGUAAGAAAAAGGAAAAAAAAGAGCAAAUGAAUUUGUUACCUAGUGAUGAAAUUAAUUUCCUUGAUGGAGAGGAUGAGGAUGACGUUAUGGAAGUUAACAAUCGGGGAAAAAGGGUAGCUAGUGCAGGUAGUGGCAGUGCUAGUGUCAAUUCCUCAAAGAUGCAAAAGCAAAAGGGACCGAUUGAUUUAUAUUUCACUCCCAGACCGGAAAUUGUGGUACAAAAAAGAAAGGAGGGGGGAAAACAGACAAUCAUUAAUGAUGCAUGCAAGAAAGAGUUGAGAGGAAGAGCGUGUGCUGCUUUUGCAAGGUGGAUGUAUGACGCAAGAAUUGCAUUCAAUGCUGUUAAGUAUGAUAGCUUUGCCGAGGUUGUUGAAGCAAUUGGACAAUAUGGUCCUGGCAUGAAACCACUUAGUUAUCAUGAGGUGAGAGUUCCUUUGCUUAGGAAGGAAUUGGAUAAUACCAAUGCUUUGAUGAAUGACCAUAGAGAGGAGUGGUCAAAAUUUGGAUACUCAUUAAUGGCAGAUGGGUGGACAGACAAGAGAGGGAGAACAUUGCUUAAUUUCCUAGUAAAUAGUUCAAGGGGAACCAUGUUUAUUGAAUCGAUAGAUACUUCUUCUUUUUCAAAGGAUGGUGCAAAGAUGUUUGACUUACUUAAUAAAUUUGUGAACCACAUUGGAGUAGUAAAUGUCGUCCAAGUCGUCACAGAUAGUGAAUCAAGCAAUAAGUCUGCCGGUAAGAAUGUUCAAUGUUUAUAACUUUUAGAGUAUGUAAAUUCUUUACAAAUAUAUAAUUUAAAUCUUUUUUGAUUUACUCAUUCUCUUUAUAUCAUUUUUUCUUUUUUCCGUUUGGUUUCAAAUAGGGAGGAUGUUAGAGAAAGAACACCCAUAUUUGUAUUGGACACCAUGUGCUGCUCAUUGUUAGACUUGAUGUUGGAAGACAUUGGGAAAGUACCGUCCAUCUCUAGAACAAUGCAGAGGGCAGUGGAGUUGAAUAGUUAUAUCUAUAUGCGUCCAAAGUUGUUGAACAUUAUAAGGAACUUUACUCAUAAAAAGGAGUUGCUACGGCCCGCUAAGACUCGAUUUGCUACAUGUUUCAUCACAUUAUCAAGUAUUCACAAGCAAAAGAAUAACUUGAGAAAGAUGUUUACUUCAGAAGAAUGGAAUCGUAGUAAAUGGGCGAAAGAGGAAGCCGGUAAAAGAGUUGCUUCUUAUGUUUUGAUGCCUUCCUUUUGGAACAACAUUGUCUUUAGCCUUAAGGAUUCCGGUCCUCUUAUUCCAGUUUUGAGAUUAGUUGAUGGCGAGAAAAAGCCUCCCAUGGGAUUCAUUUAUGCGGCUAUGGAUAGGGCUAAAGAAGCCAUUGCAAAAUCAUUUGGGGAAGUAGAAGACAAAUACAAGGAUAUCUUUGAAAUAAUUGAUAAGAGGUGGAAUGUUCAACUUCAUCGCCCUUUGCAUGCAGCAGGUUAUUAUUUGAACCCAGAAUACUUUUAUUCAAAUCCGAAAAUUGAAGAAGAUGAAGAGAUUGCAAAGGGUUUGUAUGCAUGCAUUGCAAGGUUAAUCCCGGAUAUCAAAGACCAAGACAAAAUUACUGAGGAGCUGUCCUUAUAUUCUAAAGCUGAGGGCCUCUUUGGUAAUCCCUUUGCUAUUAGACAGAGAAAUACACGAGGACCAGCUAAUUGGUGGGAAGCUUAUGGCAAGUCAACAAAACUUCUCCAAAAGUUUGCUAUAAAGGUUUUAAGCUUUACUUGCAGUUCUUCUGGUUGUAAACGAUAUUGGAGCGUGUUUAACCAUGUAAGUAUAUACUAUCUACUAACUAGGUUUGUAAUUUAAUUGUUG